CAAUGCAUCCCUUCUUUUCCAUGAUGUUUUCACUGCUGGCCAUUAUUGGGCAUGUGAGCGGUCGGCCUCCAGUACGUCGUUAUGAGCGGAGCGUCGACCGAUCUUACAGAUCUGAGAUGACGGUGUCGAAUGGGAUGAAUUGGGGAUCGUGGGGAUACAAGAGCAUGUGUCCAAGUGGAUGGUACGCCGCAGGGUUUAGUCUGAGGGUGGAAAGACCAAUUGAUGGUGAUGAUACAGCGCUCAAUGGGAUUCGUCUUUACUGUGUCGAUCGGCCAGGCUCACGUGACUACAACUCAAUUGAGUCCGACGUAGGAGGCUGGGGUGAGUGGACAGAUGUCAAAUGGUGUCCUUAUUCUGGAUUCCUGACAUCUUUCCAGCUGAGAGUUGAAUCUCCCCAAGGAAAAGGAGAUGAUACGGCCGCAAACAACAUCAAGUUCACCUGCACUGGAGGUCAUGUGCUGGAGGGCGACGGCACAGACUGGGGCAACUGGGGCCACUGGAGCCCAACGUGUUAUGGAAAAGGAAUCUGUGGCAUCAAGACCCAGAUAGAAAAGCCACAGGGAAGCGGAGACGACACCGCUCUCAAUAACGUGAUCAUGUUCUGCUGUGAUUAAGGUGAUGUGAUCACAAUCAAAGACUCAGAUCUUACUAAUAGUGACUGCAGAUAUAGAACUAAAUCUGAUUUUUCUUUCAGGUGUAGGAGGAUGAGAACAAGAACACCAAGAAUAUCAAAUAUAUUGUAAUUAUUGAUCAUCAUAUUAUGAUAAACUAACAUGAACCAUGUCAUACAA